AUGACCACCCAAUCCAGAGACCACGGUGGCCACCAUGGUCACCAUCACCACCACCACCACCAUCAUGACAAUGUCUACCUCACCUCCACCGAUAAGCAUGAUGCAGGCGUGCGGAUAACCCGGCUUGGUCUGGUUGCCAACCUCGCCAUGGCCAUCGGGAAGUUCAUCGGCGGCUACGUGUUCCAUUCCCAGGCCCUCAUCGCUGAUGCAUACCACGCCCUCACCGACUUGGUUUCCGAUUUUCUGACAUUAGGCACGGUCGCCUGGUCGCUCAGACCCCCGAGCGAGCGAUUCCCUAAUGGUUACGGCAAGAUUGAGAGUAUCGGAGCGUUAGGGGUUAGCGGGCUGUUGCUCUGCGGAGGUGUGUUUAUGGGUCUCAAUUCCGGCCAGGUCCUCCUGGGUCAGUUUUACCCCGAGGCUGCAGAAGCUAUCGCACAUGUGGGCGCCCUGGGACACAGUCACUCGCAUAGCCAUGGCGUCGAUGCAUUGGGUCCGAGCAUUCAUGCAGCAUGGCUAGCUGCGGGGUCCAUCGUGGUGAAGGAGUGGCUCUACCAUGCUACCAUGAAAGUCGCUACGGAGCGCAAGUCUUCCGUGUUGGCCUCCAAUGCCAUCCACCAUCGCAUCGAUUCCCUCACCAGCAUUGUCGCUCUCUUUACGAUCGGGGGAACCUACCUCUUCCAAGACGCCUCCUGGCUGGAUCCUGUGGGUGGACUGUUGAUUUCGCUGAUGGUCAUCAAGGCCGGGUGGGGAAAUACAAAGACGUCGCUGUUGGAGCUGGCCGAUACCACCGUCGACGAUGAUAUUAGGGAAUCGGUACAGAAAGCCGCGGCCAAGAUGCUGGCUAAGCUGGAGGGCGGUGAUGCGAUCAAAGUCCGUGAUGUGCAGGGCAUGAAGUCAGGACAAAACUAUCUGAUGGAUAUUGAGAUCGCUGUGCCGGGCGCGUGGUCUGUCAGCCGAACCCGGGGGAUCGAGGAGUCGGUCCGCAAUGCGGUCGGGGAAGGCGUGCGUGGGGUCAAGCGUCUCAAGGUCCGAUUUAUUCCCUUGGAGCAUGAGGAGUUGACCUUUACGGAGGAGUUCAUUCCCGCGGAUGUCACGUCUCGCGCGCGCGCUGAGCCUGAGGAGGAGGAUGAGCAUGAUCACGAGCAUGACCAUGAACAUGAAAAGGAACCCCGCAAAACACGCUGA